AUGCUUAAUGGAACAUUGCCCUCUUUCUUGUUUACUCUUCCCUUUCUAGAAAAUGUUCUUCUUGGUGAUAACAUGUUUAGUGGAGGCUUGCCAUCAGAAUUCUUCAAGUGUCGAUCAUUAAAAAGAUUAUCCCUUUGGAGUAAUCAAUUUGAUGGUGAGAUGAAUAAAGGCUCCACUCUACCAUCUUUUAUCGAGCUCAUGAACCUCAAUCACCUUGACCUUUCAUGGAAUAAUUUUAGAGGUUUAUGGGAAUUAGAAACAAUGUUAUCAAGCCUACCAAACCUCCAAGCACUCUAUCUCUCUAAUAGUGGAUUAUCUGUUGUCACCGAUAAUUCUACCAUCCAUGUCAACCCUAAUUUCCAUACGUUAAAUUUGGCGUGUAGCAAGCUAAAUGUGUUUCCAAAGUCCUUACGAGCCAUGAAAAAUCUUCGAGGUCUAGAUCUAUCUGGAAACAACAUAAGGGGCGACAUUCCUGAUUGGGCAGGAGAGAUAGGAGGAAAUGGGUUGAUUUAUUUGGAUCUCUCAAAUAAUUCCAUAACGGGUUUGCCACAGUUCCAUUCGGAUAGACUAAUGCAAUUGUAUUUGCAGUCCAACAAGAUUCAAGGACCAUUCCCUCCUUCAAUUUGCAACAUGAUCACUCUAGAAUAUCUUGAUAUCUCCGAUAAUAGAUUUGAUGGAGUGAUUCCGCAAUGCAUUGAAAAUAUCGGCUUCUCUCUUCGGAUGAUAGAUUUGGGGAACAAUCUUUUUCAUGGAACCAUUCCAAAUGUGUGUGUGGAGUUUGGAGAAUUAGAGGGAAUUGUUUUGAAGGGCAAUCAAUUUGAAGGAAAGGUGCCCACUUCUUUGUCAGAAUGUCGACAUUUAAAAGUACUUGAUAUUGGAAACAAUCACUUAAAUGGCACAUUCCCUGAAUGGUUAGGAUAUCUUCCAUGGUUGCAGGUUCUUGUUCUCAAAUCAAAUAAUUUCCAUGGACAUAUUAGAACCUCUUCUACGAUUAAUAUAUCAUUUCCACUUCUGCAAGUUCUCGACUUAUCUGAUAACGGGUUUGUAGGUCAUCUCCCUUGGAAAUAUUUCCAAUACUUCAAUGCCAUGAAGGAUGUGGUAAGAAAAGACACCAAACCAGAAUAUUUGAACACUGGUGGCAUGUAUUACUCGAUCAUUGUCGUGGUGAAAGGUCAACAACUCCCAUUUCCAAAAAUUCUGGUUGACUACACGAUUGUAAACCUAUCCGGAAACAAAUUUGAAGGAGAGAUUCCAAACAUCAUUGGUAAUCUUAACUCGUUGAUAGCACUCAACUUUUCCCACAACAACCUCAAUGGUCGGAUCCCACAUGCUCUAGGAAAUCUCUCACAGAUUGAAUCGUUGGACCUAUCAUGGAACCAAUUCAUAGGAGAGAUCCCUCAAAGUCUUGCAGACAUAACUACUCUUGCAGUCUUAAAUGUCUCACAAAACCAUCUUGUGGGACGUAUUCCACAAGGAACACAAUUCAACACAUUUGAAGGGAACUCUUUUGGAGGGAAUUUAGGGCUUUGUGGGUUUCCAUUGCCCAAGCAAUGUGAACAUCCAAGUUCUCCACAGUUUGAAGUUGAUGAAGAUGAAGAUGAGAGUGGUUUUACGUGGAAAAUGGUGAUGCUGGGAUAUGGAUGUGGCACCCUACCUGGAUUGUUGAUAGGAUAUGUCAUGUUGUCAACAAGAAGACCAAAGUGGUUCAAUGCAAUUGUCGAUUCAGCUGAGCAUAUAAUGAUCCAAACGUGGAAAAACAAGGGGAGGUCCACAUAUAUUCGGAAAUGA